UAGAAAUUAAUCGAAUCAAGUCGAGAUACGCAAUAAAUACAUGACAAAACAAUGGUACAUGACAAGAUUAAGUAGAUUGAAUCUCGUGCAAUAUGGUUGUUUGUAAAUAUUAUCGGCAAGGAAAUUGUCGAUUUGGACAGUAUUGUCAAUUCGAACAUAUAAAUACUUUUGGAGCUAAUAACAAAGUUGACUCGUACAAUGAAGAUGAAUAUAUCGUGGUGUUGGUCGCGAAAGAGAUGCUCAAUGCAGAAAGAGGGGGACAAUGGUUACUUUCGUGUUUCGCACCACUUAAGGACAAACCGUGCAUUCCUGGCAUGGAAGACUUGUCCCCAGAAGAAGUCCGAUGGGAGAUGUAUCAAGCUCAAAAUAAUGGAAUGGUAGAGCAGGCAAAAUUGCAUUUCCAACAACUGUGUAGAGACAUGAAAGCAAAGAGGGAUGCAUUUAAGAAUCCUACUCGUGAGACAUUAACCAAGCUUAAAGAGCUUCUAGGAACAGGACACAAGAAUACCAGGAAUGACAAUGCGUCUGGAAAACCUUCCAGCUUUGCUUUUGCAACCCCUCAACUCGGACUUCCAAGCAGCACUUCAUCCUCCAAUGUAUUUGGAAAUAAAACAUUUGGAAAUCAAAGUAAUCCGUUCAGCGGUAGUUUCACCUCUACCAGUAACACGUCGAUUUUUGGGAGAUCAAGUAUAACUUCCAAUCCUGUAUUUGGUAGUACCCCAACUUUUGGCAGUAAUUUAGGAGUGUUCAGUGGCGGUACCAGCACUAACACUGUAUUUGGUGGGAUUACAAACACUUCUACAUUUAAUACAGGACAAAACACGCAGACUUUCGGAUCGUCCGGCUCGAUUUUCAGUGGUGGAACGUCCCAACCCGUUUUCGGGCAGCCUAGUAUAUUUGGAACCAACAAUCAAGUGAACAAUGUUUUCGCCAGGCACCAAACGUCCCAAACGCCGAUUUCAGUAUUCAAUAGUGGGGCAACAUCAUCUUCCUCUUUGUUCAGUGGCACUUCCUCUCAAUCUAACGCUUCUAUGUUUGCCGGAGCUAAAACUUCAACUGCUAAUCCGUUUAGCGGGUCCUCAAAUUUACAGACAACCAACUCCAUCUUUGGAUCGACUCCAUCUACCGGGGCCUUCAGUUCACCUGGGAUAUUCUCGCAGCCUGAAACACCCGCGUUCGGAGGAGCACCGGUGUUUGGCGGUCCAUCGACCUUUGGGAACAAUUCUAGUUCAAUAUUUGGCGAGAAACCGACAUUUGGAAGUUCUAGCAGUAUCUUCGGCGGAUCCAAUGCCGCGACACCUGCUUUUAGCUCCGCACAAUCUACAAACGCUUUCGGCGUUACCACCUCUACACCUUCCGGAAAUAUAUUCGGAAACGCUCAAGGUAACACACCCCCUAUGUCAACCUCCAGUGCUUCGCCAUUCGGCGUAACAUCUUCGACGACUACAAGUCCUUUUGCUACCGCGGUCUCGCAAUUCGAAGCCACCAGUACAGCAGCCUUCUCCACGUUCGGAAUGAACACGGGGACUGCUACCACAGCCAGUACCUCUAGCACACCGUUUGGUACUACAAAUACCGGAGUUACUUUUGGAACAUCUAGUACCAGCAGUUCCCCUUUCACAUCGACGGUAUUUAGCGAUGUGAAAAACUCACCGUUUGGUCCUAGCGUUACAUCCACAACUAUGACCACGAAUUCGUUUACACCGCAAGAACAACAACAACAACAACAACAAAUAACGUCGCCAUUUGGCACUUUUGCGCAAAAUCAAACUUUUAAUACUGCUGCUGAGAACGGACCGUUUGGAAAACCGACAUUCGGAGUAACAAUGACAACAACCAUUAUCAGCGACGAUGUUUACUCAUUGGAGAAUCAAUUAACGGAUGAUGAAAAAAGCAUGUAUCUGGCGGAAAAAUUUACUUUUGGAAAGAUUCCGUUAAAGCCGCCUACCAAAGAAAUUAGUUAAUACAACGAGAAACUUAUUUAACAGGAAAUAUAUGCUGUGAUAUUGGUUAUUGUUCAUAUAUAAUUAAAACAAAACCUGCGAAAUUGUAAUAAUAAAUAAUGUAUAUUUACCAACAAUGUAUCAAUUUUUUGUAUAAAAUUCGACGAAAUAUUCUAUGCAACUAAUUGCGAAAUAAACUGACGUUUUUGAAUUGUAACAAAAUCUACAAUAAUGCAUAAAAUUUGCGUUGUUACA